CCCCGCCGAGCGCCUGUCGCCCGCCGGAGCCUCUGCCAGGGGAUGCGGUGGGAGGCGCUAGGAACCACUUAGCUACCGCCAAACGCCCAAUGCCGCACUCGCUCACUCCCCCCGCCAGCGGAAGCGCCCGCGGAGCACAAUGCAGCACUGAGGCAGCGCCGCGUUGGAGGCUGCAGCGCCGCGGCCGCCGCAGCACCAGCGGGACCGGGGAGGGGGCGGCCCGGGCGAUCCGGGGGCGCGGGGCGCGGGAUCCGGAGGCAGCUGCCGGGGCAUGAAGAGCUGAGCGUCUUGGGCGAGGCGGGCUGCGGCAGCACCAUGCAGGCGGCGGCCGUGUCCUUGCCCUUCUUGCUGCUCUGCGCCCUGGGGACCUAUCCCCGGGCACGCUGCGGCCAGGCAGACGCCUCGUUGACGGAGCUGGAGAGGAGGAACGAAAACCGCUUCCUGGAGCGCCAGAGCAUUGUGCCACUUCGGCUCAUCUACCGCUCCGGCGGCCAAGACGAAACUGGGCACGACGCGCUGGACACCCGGGUGCGGGGCGACCCUGGCGGCGGGCAGUUGACUCACGUUGACCAGGCAAGCUUCCAGCUGGAUGUCUUUGGAACAUCCUUUAUUCUUGACGUCCUGCUAAAUCAUGAUUUGCUGUCCUCUGAAUAUGUGGAGAGACACAUUGAACAUGGAGGGAAGACUGUGGAAGUGAAAGGAGGAGAGCACUGUUACUACCAGGGCCGCAUCCGAGGAAACCCAGCCUCAUUUGUGGCAUUGUCAACAUGCCAUGGACUUCAUGGGAUGUUCUAUGAUGGAAACCACACCUAUCUCAUUGAGCCAGAAGGAAACGACACCGCCCAGGAGGAUUUCCAUUUUCAUUCGGUUUACAAAUCCAGACUGUUUGAAUUUCCCUUGGAUGAUCUUCCAUCUGAAUUCCAACAAGUAAACAUAACUCCGCCAAAAUUUAUUUUGAAGCCAAGACCCAAAAGGAGUAAACGGCAGCUUCGUCGAUAUCCUCGUAAUGUGGAGGAGGAAACCAAAUAUAUUGAACUAAUGAUUGUGAAUGAUCAUCUCAUGUUUAAAAAACAUCGGCUCUCAGUUGUACAUACCAAUACAUAUGCCAAAUCUGUGGUGAACAUGGCGGAUUUAAUAUAUAAAGACCAACUUAAGACAAGGAUAGUAUUGGUUGCCAUGGAAACCUGGGCGGCUGACAACAAGUUUGCCAUAUCUGAAAAUCCAUUGAUCACCCUACGUGAGUUUAUGAAAUACAGGAGGGAUUUUAUCAAAGAGAAAAGUGAUGCAGUUCACCUUUUUUCGGGAAGUCAAUUUGAGAGUAGCCGGAGCGGGGCAGCUUAUAUUGGUGGCAUUUGCUCGUUGCUGAAAGGAGGAGGCGUGAAUGAAUUUGGGAAGACGGAUUUAAUGGCAGUUACACUUGCCCAGUCAUUGGCCCAUAAUAUUGGAAUUAUCUCAGACAAAAGAAAGUUAGCAAGUGGUGAGUGUAAAUGUGAGGACACGUGGUCUGGAUGCAUAAUGGGAGAUACCGGGUAUUACCUUCCUAAAAAGUUCACCCAGUGUAAUAUUGAAGAGUAUCAUGACUUCCUGAAUAGUGGAGGUGGUGCCUGCCUUUUCAACAAACCUUCUAAGCUUCUCGAUCCUCCUGAGUGUGGCAAUGGCUUCAUUGAAACUGGAGAGGAGUGUGACUGUGGGACCCCAGCAGAAUGUGUCCUUGAAGGAGCAGAGUGCUGUAAGAAAUGCACCUUGACUCAAGACUCCCAGUGCAGUGAUGGUCUUUGUUGUAAAAAGUGCAAGUUUCAGCCUAUGGGAACUGUGUGCCGAGAAGCAGUAAAUGAUUGUGAUAUUCGUGAAACAUGCUCAGGAAAUUCAAGCCAGUGUGCCCCCAAUAUUCAUAAAAUGGAUGGCUAUUCAUGUGAUGGUGUCCAGGGAAUUUGCUUUGGAGGAAGAUGUAAAACCAGGGAUAGACAAUGCAAGUACAUCUGGGGGCAAAAGGUGACAGCAUCAGAUAAGUACUGCUAUGAGAAACUGAAUAUUGAAGGCACUGAGAAGGGUAACUGUGGGAAAGACAAAGACACAUGGAUACAGUGCAACAAACGGGAUGUGCUUUGUGGUUACCUUUUGUGUACCAACAUUGGGAACAUCCCGAGGCUUGGUGAGCUCGAUGGUGAAAUCACAUCUACCUUAGUUGUGCAGCAGGGAAGAACGUUAAACUGCAGCGGUGGGCAUGUUAAGCUUGAAGAAGAUGUAGACCUUGGCUAUGUGGAAGAUGGGACACCUUGUGGUCCCCAAAUGAUGUGCUUAGAGCACAGGUGUCUCCCCGUGGCUUCCUUCAACUUUAGCACCUGCUUAAGCAGUAAAGAAGGCACUGUUUGUUCAGGAAAUGGAGUUUGCAGUAAUGAGCUGAAGUGUGUGUGUAACAGACACUGGGUAGGUGCAGACUGCAGCACUUAUUUCCCUCACAAUGAUGAUGCAAAGGCUGGCAUUACGCUAUCUGGCAACGGUGUUGCUGGUACCAAUAUUAUAAUAGGCAUAAUUGCUGGCACCAUUUUAGUGCUGGCCCUCAUAUUAGGAAUAACUGCGUGGGGAUAUAAAAACUAUCGAGAACAGAGACAGUUACCCCAGGGAGAUUAUGUAAAAAAGCCUGGAGAUGGCGACUCUUUUUAUAGCGACAUUCCUCCUGGAGUCAGCACAAACUCAGCAUCUAGUUCUAAGAAGAGGUCUGCUUUUCUGUCGCAUUUUCAGAUUUCUACCUGUUCCAUCACACAUUAUUCCAUUAGUCAGAACAUUUCAUUAUUUUGCAGCAGGUCAAAUGGACUCUCCCAUUCUUGGAGUGAAAGGAUUCCAGAUACAAAACAUAUUUCAGACAUCUGUGAAAAUGGGCGGCCUCGAAGUAACUCUUGGCAAGGUAACCUGGGAGGCAACAGAAAGAAAAUCAGAGGCAAAAGAUUUAGACCUCGGUCUAAUUCAACUGAGUAUUUAAACCCAUGGUUCAAAAGAGACUAUAAUGUAGCUAAGUGGGUAGAAGAUGUGAAUAAAAACACUGAAGGACCAUACUUUAGGACUUUAUCUCCUGCCAAGUCUCCUUCUUCAUCAACUGGAUCCAUUGCCUCCAGCAGAAAAUACCCAUAUCCAAUGCCUCCCCUCCCUGAUGAGGAGCAGAAGGUGAACCGACAAAGUGCCAGGCUUUGGGAGACAUCCAUUUAAGAUCAACUGUUUACAUGCGAUACAUCGAAACUGUUUACUUCAACUUUUAUAGAAACCCAGCCUCACGGAAUCACUGCAAAUCUAUCUGCUCUUCGGACAAUUCGAAACCAUCUCUAAAUGCCACAGGGGAGAGGAAGCGAGUCUCACAUCUGGAUACCAUUUUCUUUUUGUCACUGGCUUAGGAUUUAACGGAAACACGAAAAGAACCACUGACAUGUUACACUAUAACAUGGAACAACAAAGGUACUGGUACAUUCAUGGAUAAUCCGCAUGCCAGUUAUCUGUAGAAAUCUCACUAAAAUUAACUCACAUGACCCAAAUGUAGCAAGUUUCCUAAGGGACGAUAGUGGAUUCAGAAGUCGACAUUCUGAAGCACAUCCUCAUUGUAGACAGUAAUGCUAUGUGCAUGAAGCUUCUCUUUAUUUUUUUCCACGUUUAAGGAAACAACAUCCCAUAAUAGAAAGUAGCAUGCAGGGCUAAGCCAUAUAGGAUUUUUUUCGGCAGGACUCCAAAGCUUGAGAGGCUAAUAUCCUGUAUGCUAACUGUAAACAUGUAUUUUUAUUUUUUUUAAUUUUCAUAUUUAUAUCCGCAUACAAGGACAAUUGUACAUAUGUAAACAUUUUUAAAAUUUAAAAAAAAGCAGCUGUUACACACAAGUGUAUCUUGCCAAAUGCCUAAGAACAAUCAGUCACAGUCAUGUCAUCGUCAUCAUUCAAAUGGUCCUUAAAGAUUGUAACCAGAUGAUGUUGUAAAUAGACUGGUCAGUGCUGUAUACUUGUCUCCCCAUAAUUGGUAUUUGUCCAAAACAUGUGAUAUCCCUUUAAAUUGUGCAAAAUCUGGAGGCAGUUCUAUUGAACAAUUCAUUCAACAAGAGAACAAAAUUCCUAGCAAAACUUGGGGCCUGCACUGCUUGCCGGAACAGGAAUCCAGCAGUGCAGCUGCUGUCCUGCCUCCAGGCGCUCUGCUGCUGGUCGGCUGCUCCUUGGGAGUCCUCCAGCCUGUCCAGUUUCCUUCUGAGGGGGCUACAGCACCUGCCUCAGCAGCUGUAAAUUUUUGGUCCUAGAGCCAAUCUCCUAGUCUCACCCUGUAAGCCCCUCGCUGCUGAGAUUAAGCAAAUGCACCAAAGACAAAGGAGACCACGGCUGCUGAUACAUUGGUAACUUCCAACUUGCCAAUACUCUAACCCUUUGUGGCCUAAAUUUUUGUUCUUUAACACAACUUUUUAGCCACCCUGAUCUGUGACAUGAAUGACUUUUUAAAAAAAUUAAAAACAAUUUUACACUGUUUUUGAGGGGUAUUUCUCAUUGGUGGGACGGGAGUCCCAACAAGUCAUUCUGCACUGACUUGUAAGAUAGUGGAAAUUCUACCAGAUGGGCUAGGAAGCCUCAACAGGCCACCAAGGGUUCAGAGAGACCUAAAAUCACAAGUGGGCAGCAGCUGUGAAGUUGCCCAAACCCAGCUGGCAUUGGGAAAGAAUCUGAUGUUCUGAACUGUCCAUAGAAAAGUGAGAAAUCUGUGUUAAACCCUCUUCUUUUAAAUCAAAUUUGAUAGCCAACAUCAUGCAGCUCCAUCAUUCUUAGCUUCUCUCUGGAGGCUACCCUGGUGAGACUGGGAUAUUGAUGGCAUCAAGCACAUGCUUUGAUGGGAUCAAUCAAAUGCUUUGAUGUGAAGAGUGCUUCUGAAUUUCUUCAUUUUUCUCUCUUUUUUCUUGAGAGGAGUGGGAUCUGCAGACAAGCUUUGAGAAAUAUCCUCUCAAUUUGAUCUCUCCCAGUAAUGUCCAAAGACAAAACCCAUUUCAUCUCCAUGUGCAAUCACCUUGGAGGCCCAAAGCGAAGGGCCUGUUUAGAAGGCAAUGUUUUAUUCUCUGUGUGUUUAUAUCUUCCGUAAUGGACCUCUCUUCUGAAAAUCUUUGAAAACACUUUAAAGCAACUUGAUCAUCAAAGGUAAUAAAGUCUAAGCGGCAUUUUUCUUGACAGGGAGGGAUAUGAUUGUCUAGACUACAGUAAAACGAUCCAUGAGGCUAAAGUUGGGGUGAGCAUUGGGUGAUGUUGCCACUUAGCUCAAGCCAAGGACAAGGAGGGCAGACAGAUUUAAAGAUGUAGCAAAUAAGUGGCUUUUGACUGAGAUCACUUUAAUGUGCACUGAAUGUUUUCUGGUAUUGAGUGUAUAAAAGGCUAAUGUUAGAAGGUUUAUUUUGACUAUACAAGAGUUUAAAGAUUUGAAUGUAAGGUACCUCAUGUAAAUAUGCUUCCUAGUUAUGGUUAAACAUCCCUAGUUUGAAAGAAUCCGUAAGUGAUUAGUUACAUUGUCAAUGGAUCCUGUCACCUUUCUCUUUCCUGACCUCGAUUAUUUUUACGUGACAAUUAUUAUUUCAAGUGAAAAUUCAUUAUUUGUGCCUUUUGGGAGACAUGGUUGCUCUAAUGGUGUUGAGUUUACAGUCACUCUCCUCCAUAAUAACCUUCCUAUAGGAUUCAAUGAAAAGGGUUUUGUUUUCUUUGCAGAGAGAUUAUGCUGUUACAGUAGCAUUUAUGUUCUAUUCUAGAUAGCUAUCCUAUCUAGAAAUGUUUAAACAUUCUGACAGCCAUUUGCAGAAUUCUUUGACAAGUUUAUAAUUUCAGUGGCUGGUUUUGAGAAGUACCUAUAUGUGUGCUCCUGGUUGGUGUUCUAGAUUGUUCAAUCUACAUAUUCAUGACUUUUCGUCUGUAGAGACAAGGAGAGUGGACCCAUGGCGCUAAACACAAGCACAGCAUUUUUUAAAAAUUCUAUUUUGGAGAGGAACUUUGAGGCCACACAGCAAUUUGUAUCAUGCAACUAAUAUUUAUAUCCCCAGUCAACUACAGGACUAUUAUACUAAACAGAGAAAAGCUUUUUUUUUUUUUUUUUUUGGCCUUUAGGUUCCAUUGUAUGCCUUUUUCUACUCUUUUGAGGUUUUGUGCAUAGAUGAGACUUCAGAUUGAAAACUCUGCAGCCUGAGAUGUUCCAUUUAUUCACAGUCAUUACAGGGUAGUAAACUCAGAUUUAAAGAAACACAUCUCUCAACAAAGAGUGCCAACAAAGAAGGUGUGGGUAACAUUGAGCCCUGAAGGAGCUGACUGGUCAGACUAAGCGGUCGCUGGGUCUGGCCACUCUCUCUUUAGACAGGAAGGGGUGGCCUCCUCUGGAGUCUCCCAGCUAGAAAGUGAUCCCCAGGCCAUAAAUCUGUGGAAAGGAAUACACUUCUCAAACAGUACAGCAACAGGGGGGCCUUCAGUUUGUGGUUGCUGUAUUUUUUAAAGAAACCUAGUGCUUUUCCUUAAAAAAAAAAAAAAGUUGAAUAAUAAAGUAAAUGUCAUGGUAAAAAUGCCAAACAUAUGUUUCAGCUUGAUAUUAUUAAGUGACACCACAGUUUUUCUCUCUCUCUUUCCCUUCCCCAACCCCCAUCCCCUUUGCUUUAAAAAGGCUUUUUAAAUUGUGUUACUGCAUAAGGUCAACCCAGCAGAUUUCUGAACAUAAGAUUGAUAGGAUUUCUAAAAGAAGUUGCUCAAAAAGAUAAAAUUGGAUAUUGCGUGCACUUGCAGAGAAACACUGCUUCUGUUUGAAUUUCAAAAUAGUCUUCCAUUUCUCUUUAUUGUUAUUGGUGAUCCCAUUGCAGAUUUGGCAUAAUUUAACCCUGUCCGUUGUCUCAGCUCCUUUACCUUUUACCUUUUUAGAUUUUCUUCUUUAAUUUUUAUAGUUACCUAUGGGCCAGAGGAAAUAUGGUAUUUCUGUUCACUUUCAGUGUUUCAAAAUCAUUGGGUCAUUUUAUCAGUCUCAUCUGUUCUUCAUUUCCUGUUGUCCUGUAGUUCUGUUUUAAUAUAUAUAUAUAUUUAGUGCUUUAAGUAUUUCCUUGUGUUAUUCAACAUGAUAAUAAAUCUGUACCUAAAGAGAAGACUAUUUUAUUUUAUUUUACUUAAAGGGCAUUUAUUGGAAUUUCCUGACUAGCUUGCCUAGUAUGUGGGAAGGGGAACACUGAAUAAAGACAGUGAAGGAACAGAGGGAGCCAGGCCCCACAGCGCGCUAGGACACUGCCCCUGCUGCUGUGGAUGCCCCCUAUGGGCAGCAUGUUUCAAAUACAAUCCUACCAAUUGUAAAUUGGCAUGAAUUUUACAUGAAACAUUCCGACCCCCAUUUGCAGCCAGCAUAAUGACUACUUUUUUAUGCUCCUAAUUAUUUUUUUCCUGUCAUUUCUAUAUUUUCCUCUAAAACCGACACUCAAAUAGUUUUUUUUUUCUCUCCCUUAAAUGGAGUUAAGAUGAAUAAUUCUCCUUCAAAUAUAUAUGAAGCAAACAUUCCUAUGAAAUAAGGCUUAAUUGGAGGCUCACAUUUUUUUUUUUUUCCUCUGAGCUGUUUUCUGAAUGGCUAGGACUAUUCUGAUUUGGGACGCAGCAACUUUCCUCUGGCAAGGGGAGAGCUAAGAAAUGUAGUAAACAGCUUCUCUUGUUGAUUGUGAGGCUCUCAGCCUGGUCUUCUGAGCAUCAGCUGACAGGCAGCAGCUGAUCCAGCUCUGUGUAUUUGUUGGGGGGAGGGGUGGGGGUUGGAGCAGCCACACCUGCAGGGAACCUUUGGCGCAUGCUCAUAGCAGAUAUGCUCUCUGGGCAGGUGCUUUUAAGUCUGGGAGCACUUUUCCACCACACCUGCAGAUGCGGAGGAAACAGACUUCAGCGAGAUCUUAGAAAUCAGGGGAUAUUUGUUAAUAUCUUAUUCAUUGCUUUGUCAGAGUUCCCCAAAUGGGCAUCUCUGGUUCCGUUUCUAAGUAGAAAAACCAAUCAUUUGGAAACAAAGCAAAAACCUGCCUAGUUUUUAUAUCCAGAGCCUGACAACGAGGAAGCACUCUCAGUGUGGGUCUGAGAUGUUUCCAGGCCCUUCCUACUUGCAAAGUCGCUCCCCCUUCAGUAGCUGCCAGCAUUUUUCUCCUGACUAGGAGCUUUCACUGAAAUGGAGGUAAGUCCCUUCUUUGCCAAAAUUGGCCCUUGGGGAACCACUGGGGCACAGAAUCAGGGGUGAGAGGCACUUCUCCUCCCAUCGCCAUCAGGGCAUGAAUUAUGCUCCUUGGAGAGUUGCAGAGAGACUGGUUCUGGGGUGUGUUUCAGGUCCAUGGAGAGGUAAGGAACAAGUCUUGGGAGGGGAUGGGGUGUUUGGCCCUGGAGUAGGAGCAGAGUGGAGCGUCAUCUGAAGAGCUCUGAAGCCAAGCGUGGGAAAGAGCCUGAGUUGGCCACCCGUGGUGUGGUGGAGAGAGGUGCUGCGUGCCUGGGGCAGAUCUGUGAGUUUUGUAGUUUUUACUCAGUGUUGGUGUGUAAAGACUCCGUUGUCCCGUCGUGAUGGGCCCGUCACUUCUGCCUGGCGUGUCCCUGUUGUUGGUAGAACUUGUAUCUGGAGGUGCUUCAGGGCUGGCAGGGUUUUGGCUUAAGGACCUCAUCAUUUGAUGUUUUUAGGUAUCCUUGAAAUCAAAACCAGGGAAAAAGGGUGUUUGGUUUUUGUUGUGUUUUACAAAAAGGCAUACAAUGAGACUAGCAAUGUUAAGGUAAUGUGCUUACAAUCAUCAAUGUGGUUUUUAAAGAGUUUAUGAAGAAAAGAGCAUUUUCUUCUCAAGUUAAAAAUUAUGUAUGCAUAUAAUAAUGAUCUACAUUUACUUGAGGGCUUAGUGAAGUUUGAUUUUAUGAAGUUUGAUGUGGAUUUGUGUUUUGAUGGUCAGGCUCUACAAAAAAGGUGAAAUCUUUAAACACAGCGGUGCUAUGUUUUACCUGAUAACACACAAUACAGAAAGUGCUGAAAGGAAUUACUAUGUUUAUUCAGUAAUAAUACAAGAGUUCUUGCUAAAUUAUACAUGUGUAUCACUGCCUGAUGAGAAACCCCCACUUUUCUAACCUAGCACAAAAUCCAACUGUGAUUCUACAGCCAGUCUUUGUAAUGGGUAAAAAAGACCCAACAUCUUUGUUUUGUAUGGAAAACUUUUUUUUUUUAAUGCUAACCUGCAAAAGUGUAUUCAGAAUAAAUGAGCAUGUACUCCUUUUUUAACUUGCCUCUCCGAUUCAGCAUCACAAAAAGACAACUUCUUUUAGAAACGGAGUGUUUUAUCUAAACACAGCAGUUUAUAUGUUAGCCAAUGUAGGUCUGCACUAGUGUUUUCCACAUCUGUCACCUUCUGGGGUCAUGUCCUGUCUACAGCUAGAAGAAGCCACUUCGUGGGGAAGUGUUAAUGGUAGCACGGUUUCACUUUGGGUGAACCUGGUGAUCAUGUGUAUAUACUUAGAUUGGCUUCAUUUUAACAUUAUAGUCUCUCUGCUACUCCGCACUUCGGGUUCUUAAGCUGUUUUAAACAUUACUGGAUUUUGGCAAAUAGCAACUGAAAUAUAUAUGGCACCUGCUUUCUAGAGCAAGCGUGAUUUGUUUUAUGGCUGUUCAAAUUACAAAGGUGUUCUUACACUGUAGGUAAACAAAAUCUUGCUGUUUCUAAAGGUCAGUGUAACUUAAGGUUCAAAUUUCUGGCACAAUUUUAUUAGAAUUCACUUCUGAAGCUAAUAAGGCACCACAGUUUUUCUAUGUUACUCUCAUUGUAACAUCAAUAAAGUGACUUUCAAUAAAAGAAUUGAUGUUA